UUUCUUCCAGGAACUUUGAGGUUAUCAAUACUUCGUCUUUCAUACGACAAUCGAGUUCGAGAAAACUCGCUUCUCCUUUACCAAUUCCCCGUUGUUUUUCUACUCUUCAACGUUGCAUUAGGGUACUCUACAAAAAUGAGUUCGUUAAAGCUUCAAAAACGCCUUGCCGCUUCGGUUAUGCGAUGUGGUAAGAAGAAGGUAUGGUUGGACCCAAAUGAAAUUAAUGAAAUCGCUAACACUAACUCCAGACAAAAUAUACGAAAGCUGAUUAAAGAUGGUUUGAUCAUCAAAAAACCCGUAGCUGUACACUCCAGAGCUCGAGCACGUAAAAAUGCUGAAGCCAGAAGAAAAGGUCGUCAUUGUGGCUUUGGUAAAAGAAAGGGUACAGCUAAUGCUCGAACGCCUCAAAAAGAUCUUUGGGUUAAAAGAAUGCGCGUGUUAAGAAGAUUGUUAAAGAAAUACCGCGAAGCAAAAAAGAUUGAUAAUCAUCUCUACCAUCAGUUGUACAUGAAGGCAAAGGGUAAUGUUUUCAAGAACAAGCGUGUGUUGAUGGAAUUCAUUCACAAAAAGAAAGCCGAAAAAGCCCGUGCUAAGAUGUUAAGUGACCAAGCCGAAGCUAGACGUCAAAAGGUUAAGGAGGCAAGAAAGCGGAAGGAAUUGCGAUUCUUACAAAAUAGGCAAGAAUUAUUAGCAGCGUACGCUCGUGAAGAUGAGAAAGCUGCUGCAGCAAAAAAAUAAAUUGUAUAAAAUUGUUUUAUUUUUUAAUAUAAUUCUGACCUAUUGGA